CCUUCCCUUAAACAAUCAAUACACAAUUCCAGGAAAGCCGUGGCCAUUUCCAUGCGCCAUUUAUCGUCUUCCAAAUAUGUCGACCGUUUCGUCCGUCCUCGAGGACUCUGUACUUAGUCAUUGCUUCCAAGUUGCCUCUUCAAUCUCUCUCUCUAGAUCGAUCUGCUAAUUUCCACCAUUAUUAUAUGGAACUUUACUUAUACUCCAUGUCUUGAUGCAGCAAUGCACCUUACCAGGCCAUUACAUAAGCUCCCCACCGGAUGCCUUCUCCUGUAACAGCGCCCCCCUCAGACCAUCUCAAUCUCUUCAACGAAGAGCCCUUGGAAGAUGGGCACUCCCUCCUCCUCCUCCUCCUCCUGUAAGGCUCUGCGGGUGGUGCUGCUGCUGGUGGCUGCCGUGGCAGCGGCGGUGGCCGCAGCAGUGGCAGGAGAAGUUGGGCAGGCGCCAGAGGGAAUCAGCUACGAUGGGAGGUCUCUCUUGAUCAACGGCCAGAGAAGGAUGCUCUUCUCCGGCUCCAUCCACUACCCUCGGAGCACGCCGCAGAUGUGGCCAGACUUGAUAGCAAAAGCGAAGAAAGGAGGGCUGGAUGUGAUCCAGACAUACGUGUUCUGGAACCUGCAUGAGCCCGCGCCUGGACAGUAUUAUUUUGAAGAAAAUUGUGACUUGGUGGCGUUUCUGAAGGAAGUUCAGGCUCAGGGUCUGUAUGCUAGCCUGAGGCUAGGACCCUACAUCGAGUCCGAAUGGAACUAUGGGGGCUUUCCUUUCUGGUUGCAUGAUGUUCCAGGCAUAGAGUUCCGGACCAACAACAAACCUUUCAAAUUCUACAUGCAGAGCUUUACCACCAAGAUUGUCCAACUGAUGAAAUCUGAAAAACUGUAUGCUUCACAAGGAGGUCCUAUCAUCAUGUCUCAGAUCGAGAAUGAGUAUGGAACAUAUGAAAUGGGAUAUCACAAGGCGGGCGCCGCGUACGUGAAGUGGGCUGCUCAAAUGGCGGUUGGUCUCGACACCGGCGUCCCUUGGAUCAUGUGCAAGCAAGAUGAUGCCCCUGAUCCUGUGAUAAAUACAUGCAAUGGACUGAACUGUGGAGAGACCUUUGCUGGCCCAAACUCACCUACGAAGCCAGCUCUGUGGACAGAGAAUUGGACUUCUCAAUACCAAGUGUUCGGGAGUGAUCCGAAAACAAGAAAAGUUGACGACAUUGCCUAUGCUGUUGCACUUUUUAUUGCCAAGAAGAAUGGCAGCUUCGUGAACUAUUACAUGUACCAUGGAGGAACUAAUUUUGGAAGGAAAAGCUCAUCCUAUGUUACCACAAGCUAUUAUGAUGAUGCUCCCAUUGAUGAAUAUGGCUUGGUAAGGCAACCAAAAUGGGGUCAUCUCAAAGACUUGCAUUCUGCAAUAAAGCUUUAUGAAGCACCAUUACUGCUGGGGACACCAACUUAUUCUUCGUUGGGGCAGUUCCAGGAGGUCUACAUUUUCCAAGGAAAAGCAGAAGGCUGUGUCGCAUUUCUUGUGAAUACUGAUAAAAGAAAUAAUGCCACUGUACAGUUCCAUGGCACAAGCUACAAUCUGCCUGCACACUCAAUUAGCAUUCUAGGAGAUUGCAAGGACGAGAUCUAUAACACUGCAAAGGUAAAUACUCAACUUAAUGUGAGAUCUCAUGUAAGUUCAAGCAAAGUUUCUGAAGACAUGUGGUAUGGAAGAAUGGAGCCUAUCCCUAAUUAUUCAGAUACCAAUAUAAAAGCAAAAUCACUGUUGGAUCAAAUGAACACAACAAAAGAUGUAUCCGACUAUCUCUGGUACACAACAAGCUUUAAUUAUGACGGGAACAUCACAGAACCAGUUCUUCACAUAGAGUCUUCAGCCCAUGUGGUAUAUGCUUUCAUCAAUGGCAUUUUCAUAGGAACUGAGCAUGGAAGUUUCAAAUCAUCUGGAUUGCAAUUCGAGAAACCAGUAUCAUUGAAUGCUGGGGAAAAUCAACUUGCUUUACUAAGUUCCCUUGUUGGGCUACCUGCUGGUGGAUCACAUCUUGAAAAGAAAACUGCUGGGAUACAAGUGGUGAUGAUUAAAGGGCAAAACAAUACCUCUCUUGACUUGUCCAACUAUCCUUGGGGAUAUCAGGUUGGCCUAUUUGGUGAAAAAAUGGCAACACAGAGGAUCAGAAGAAGUGGGAAGGUCGAAUGGACUAAUGCCAAGGAUGCUAAACAAAAAUCUCCUAUCUGGUAUAAGGCCACAAUGGAAGCUCCUGAAGGGAAUGAUCCAGUGGCUUUAAACUUCAGUAGCAUGGGGAAAGGACAGGCUUGGGUCAAUGGACAUCAUAUUGGUCGUUACUGGGUCUCCUUCCAAACAGCUAGUGGAAAAGCAUCACAAGAACUAUAUCAUGUCCCCAGAUCAUUUCUCAAGCCUGAAGGAAACCUUGUUCUGCUAUUUGAGGAGCUUGGUGGAGUUCCAUUUCUCAUUUCAUUCGCCACAGUCACUAUAUCACAAGUAUUUGCAGAUGUAUCAGAGUCAUAUCCACCACUCAUGACCAAUAUAAAGAAAUUACGAGGGGGUGAAAUCAAAUAUUUGAAUCCACAUGUCAGACUGAGGUGCAUGCGUGGAAAGACUAUAUCAAGAAUAGACUUUGCCAGUUUUGGAAACCCAACUGGUGUUCAUGGGAAUCAUUCUACUGGAAGCUGCCACUCAAAUAUUUCAACGAAUAUCGUUGAGAAGGCUUGCCUGGGAAGAAGAGGUUGUUCAAUUGAAGUUUCAACCGAAUCAUUUGGAGGUGAUCCUUGUCCGAGAAUUCCAAAGUCCCUAAUGGUUGAGGCUGCAUGCAACUAAUUGGGAGUGAGCAAAAAAUUCACAUGCUGAGGAAGGAAAUUACAUAAAUUGGCAUUUAUGGAGUGUCAUUCUUUGUUAAGCAUUGGUGGGAAAAAUUUUCCCAAUCCAUCAAUUAAUCCUCUUGUACAGCAAUGGAAUUGGCCCUCUACAUUCCACCAUACUCUUACAUGUUUGGAAUGUAAUUAAUGCAAUGGAGGGGCUGAUAUAAAUUGUCAAAAUAAAAUAGAA